CGCGCGCACGGCGACCGCUCCACCUGCGCGCCUUCGCGCUCACCGCCCACCCCUGUCCGGUUCUGCGCCGGCGCGGGGCCCGCUAGGACGCGCGAGGGAUUCGUGAAGCGCAUGCGCAUUGUGCGGCCCGCCGCUCCGCUGUCGCUCGGCCGCCGCCGUUGCCGCCUCCCUACCGGCAAGUGCGAGAAGGAGGAGCCGAGGGUCGCCGCCGCCGCAACCAUGGGGAGAAAGUCGAGCAAGGCCAAGGAGAAGAAGCAGAAGCGGCUGGAGGAGCGGGCGGCCAUGGAUGCUGUCUGUGCCAAAGUGGAUGCUGCCAACAGGCUUGGAGACCCCCUGGAAGCAUUCCCAGUCUUCAAGAAGUAUGACCGCAAUGGGUUGAAUGUCUCCAUUGAAUGUAAGCGGGUGUCUGGAUUGGAGCCAGCCACUGUGGAUUGGGCCUUUGACCUCACCAAAACCAAUAUGCAGACAAUGUAUGAGCAAAGUGAGUGGGGCUGGAAGGACCGAGAGAAGCGGGAGGAAAUGACUGAUGACCGAGCCUGGUACCUCAUUGCUUGGGAAAACAGUUCCAUCCCAGUUGCCUUUUCUCACUUCCGGUUUGAUGUGGAGUGCGGGGAUGAAGUCCUGUACUGCUACGAAGUGCAGUUGGAAAGCAAGGUGCGGCGGAAAGGCCUAGGGAAAUUCCUCAUUCAGAUCCUGCAGCUCAUGGCCAACAGCACACAGAUGAAGAAGGUGAUGCUAACUGUAUUUAAACACAAUCAUGGCGCCUAUCAGUUCUUCCGAGAGGCACUGCAGUUUGAAAUUGAUGACUCUUCUCCCAGCAUGUCUGGUUGCUGUGGGGAGGACUGCUCCUACGAAAUUCUGAGCCGGAGGACCAAGUUUGGGGACAGUCAGCAUUCCCACACAGGCGGGCACUGUGGUGGCUGUUGCCACUGAACUCCCAUGACCAUUUGCAAGUGAAGUCACUCUCCUUAGGCCUGUCCUCUUCCCUGGUCUUAAGCCACUUGCCAGGUACCCCAGAGCUGUGGGUGCCUUAGCCCUGUAUGAGCCAGGCAUACCCUGAGAGCACAGAACCCUGGGGAGCAGUGACCCCAGCUGCCUUUCCACCCCCUCCUAGAAAAGCAGAUUGCCUGGAGGGAACACAGGGGGAGAGCAGACUGUGAGAAGGAUGGCAGGUUAGCCACUGAGCCCAUCCUUGUGCAGUGGCUGCCUCCUCCUUGCUUAGCUCUUGGGUCCCUAAAAUGGAAGGUGGGUCCCUUGUCUGCAGGAGGGUUUCUGACAGGGCUCAUACCAUGCUCCAUAUGGACAAAUGGAAUGUUAAUACCCACCUUUGUGAAAAGACCUGGAGUCUGCUGGUCCCUAGAAAGGUUGGAUGCAGAUCUGGGUACACAACAACCCUUGGACAUUUUUACUCUGGGGACCAAGUGCUCUUCCAGAGACCAUGUAGCUCUUUGAUGCCAAGAUGCAGGGGUUUGUGCCGUGUUCUUAUAGAUCUACAGCGUGGAGUCUCGGGACCAGCCAACUUCAGGAGGGAGACUGUCUCCAUCACUCUCAGUGAGGCAGAGAAGACCGGAAGAGCUGUCAGUCUCUUAUGUGUUUGCUGUGGGGACACAGCAUCUCUGGGCAUUUGGAUCUUGCUGCAUUUCUUACGAUCUUGACUCAGCUUUUUUACUCAAGAAGGAAACCACAGUCCUGCCUGUUCUCACACCUCUGACUUCAGCCCAGAUACCUCUGUUCUUAGUCUCAAGGGGAAUAACAUCAGGGAGCCCCUCUUCUUUCCAGUUGAUACCAUUUCCUUCUACUCUUUUUUUUUUUUUUUUGAGACAGUGUUUCUCUGUAUUGUUUUUCCAGGCUGUCGGUCCAGCUCAGCCUCGAACUCACAGAGAUCCACCUGCCUCUGCCUCCUGAGUGCUGGGAUUAAAGGCGUGCGCCACCACCGCCCGGCUUAUUUCCUUCUACUCUUGGUGCUGAUAGCUCUCUGAAGGUAGGGCUACCCCCCACCCUCCCUGUCUGAGGAGCCCCAGCCAGCAGCAGGCCCCUUUGCCUGUUCUCCCCAGCCCCAUCCCUCACUGCCUCAGUGAGACGCUUGUGCCUCUCCUGCCCCACUGGGAUACAUCAGGAAUGCCUUUCAGUGGCUCACCGCUGCUCUUCUGUCCCUGGUAUCACCCUACACUGGCCGCCUUCUUCAAAGGAUGAAGAGAGUGCAGGCUUAGAACUUGAACUCAUCCUGACCUGGGCCAUGUUCUUCCAAGGAAGCAAAACCAAACCCUCACCCAGGAAAACACACUUGCCACUUGCUGUCCCUGAGCUCUGCUUUGGCAUGGCAAAGAGCUUGCCUUUGUGCGCUUGCUCUCUGAGACUUCUGACCUCAGUCUGCUCACUUCACCCCCUGCCUAACUCAGGCUGUCUUUCCUGGCAAGUUUCCCCGGAGCAGUCACCUCCCACUCAGAUCCUUGCUUGCAUGGUAGCGUGGACACAAGGGUCCUUUCUUGCCAUGAUCUGUUCUCUGUGGAGGACCCUGUGCUGUUCUUAGCCCUGUCAGCCUCACCUCAGAGGGGCCUUGCAGCUUUACACUGGAAUAGGUCUACCUUUGCCUGGCCUGCUAGCUUCGGGGGCCAUGCCUCUGGUGAGAGUUGAAGCUGCCCAGAGGGGAUUGGUAGGCUCCUUCCAAGAAUCAUGAAACAGAAAAUGCUUGGAAGAGUUACUCCCUGAUGUUUGUCUGUCUUAGAUCAUGAAUUUCUGAUACCUCCCACUUAGGGGGACCACAAGGAACCCCAAGUAUAACCCCAUGUGAGGUGAAUUGAGGGUCUUGUCUCCAGUCACUGGAUACCUGACACCAGGGCUCUCAUGGUGCUUAGUGCCUGCCCUGCUCACCCUCUGCAGGCCACAUCCCCAAGGGCCCUUCAGGAUCUCUCACUGGACCAUGGGGAUGGUGGCCAAGACCAGCAGAUCUGUGGGUGCUGAGCCCAACGGUUUAACAGGCAUACAUCAUCUUCCAUCCUCAUGAUUUUAAGAAGGUCUAGUCUCCUAUACCAGGCUCUUGUUUUUUUGUCCAGGAUGUGUUAAAAUGUUUUUAAAGAUUUUGUUGUUGUUUUAGUGAACUCAUCCCAUUUCAGGUUAUUUUUGUUGCUGUUAAAUGUGUAUGGUUCCUUUUAAAACUUUCAGGGUGGGGUUGCUUUUUGGUUUUUUGUUCAGUUUUUUUUUUUUAGAGGAAAGUUGGAAGAUAAAUUUAUAUAUAUAUUUUUUCCCAGCAACUUGUUAUCACUGGAAUCAAAGGGGGAAAGAAAGCAUCUCUCUUUGUGUCAGUUUUAUUUGUAUGUCAUUAAUAAAAGACUUUUUGUCCAGA